CUCAUCUCCUCACCAGAAAAUUACAGAGCAAAGAAUGGCACAAAUCGAUGGAGAGAACAAUAUGCAGAGGACAAAUCAAGGAGGACAUGAACUACCCCUUUACAAUGACCACGACGACGAGCACCACCAUAAGAAGUCGGUUUUAGCGAAGGUGAAGGACAAGGCAAAGAAAUGGAGGAAUACGAUUGUUAAGAAGAAGAACGUGCACAAUAUUAAGGACCUAGAGAAUGGCAGGGCGAACAGUUUGUCUGGUUAUGAGCAAGAUGAUGAAGCCGAAGAGGAAGACGCAGAGUAUCAUGGAGCUCCAAUGUAUGAAUCGGAAGCAGCACUUCCCAUCUACACUCGUGAAAGUCAAUCAGAAACAAUACUACCAGUGUAUACACAGGGAAUUAGAGCUACUGUCUCUACCAAUCCUCAAUGGAUUGAACAGCAGAACAUCAACAAAAUCCGAAACAACAACAACAACAACAACAAUAAGACUUUAACUGAAACAGUCACGGAUAUGUUAGCCCCAGCUUAUGCCAAGGUCUCAGAAGCUGCAUCAAACUUAGUGGCAUCAACCAUUAAUUCUCCUAGGGCAGUUAACACAAGCCAGGAGUUAGGGGGCAAGCAAAAGUGGGAUAAAGGGGUAUCCAUGAAAGAGUACCUUCGGCAUAAGCUGGAGCCUGGACAAGAAGAGAGGGCUCUCUCACAGGUGAUAACUGAGGCCAUCAGUCCGAGGAGAGUGGCUCGAGAUGGGGACAAAGGCGUUGUGGAGAAGGUGAAGGAGGCGGUUACUUCUUUGCUUUGGGUUGAAGAGCAGGAAAAUGUUUACGUCAAUCAUCAUGGAGAUGAAGAAACCCAAACUCAAGGAAGGAGGCUCCAAGCAUACACCAACUGCGCAUUUGGAGACCAGACAACCUUCUCUACUCAAGGAAGGAGGCUCCAAGCAUACACCAACUGAGCAUUUGGAGACCAGACAACCUUCUCUUUUUUUAUAUUUUCAGGCUUUGUGUGCGCUAUCUUUAUUUAUUAUGGGUGAUAAAAUGAUUAUUCACCCUUGAAUUUUCCCUCUACUGUAUAUCUAGAUUUCUAGACUUUCAUGUGCAAUUUUCUUGUAAAGAGAAUUCAAACAUAAAUAAAAAAUACUCUCAUUUAGAGAG